AUGGCAAAUCAGGGGGGAGGACCACCACCAGCGGCACAGAUACCUACUAGUUUCGGCCACGAGCUUAGAGCCUGCCUUCGCUGCCGUCUCGUCAAGACCUACGACCAGUUUCGGGAAUCCGGUUGCGAGAAUUGCCCUUUUUUUCAGAUGGAAGACGAUCAUGAGCGUGUUGUUGAUUGCACCACUCCUAACUUUACUGGGAUUAUAUCAGUCAUGGACCCAACUAGGAGUUGGGCUGCCCGAUGGCUCCGCAUUGGAAGAUUUGUUCCUGGUUGCUACACUCUUGCAGUUUCUGAAGCACUUCCCCAUGAAAUGCAGAAUAUUUGUGAAGAAGAGCGCAUAUCAUACGUUCCGCCAAAGCGUGUAUGA